AUGAAAGAGAACCCCUACAACACCGCGGAAGAGGGCACAGACUUCUACGACAAUUACGACAUUCCCGAGGCGGACUUCACCUGCGCCCACCUGUGGCCGGACAACUGGGGGGUGGACAGCCGCGGCCAGGAAGAGGAGGCGGAGUUCACCGAUCUGUGGAUCAAGCGGCACUCCCAGCUUUCCUCGCGGCUCGGCAAGCCAUACGUGCUCACAGAGUUCGGGAAGAGGCUGAACGGGCUGGGCCGGGUGGCCCACUUCAAUAAGGUGUUCGAUGUGGGCUACCGCUUGGCUGAAGCUGGGCCGCCAAUGAUGGGCGCGAUGUUCUGGAAUUUCGCUCUUGCACCCGUGGGGGUGACGGUGCCUCGAGUUGACUACGAGGUGCUUGCCUUGAGGUCUGCCAGCGGGAGCGAGAACCCACCUUUCAAAACUCCGGAAGAGUUCAAUGAGAUGGUAAACGAGGCUGUGGUGCAGGCCGCGGCUCGGUUCAAUGCUCUUCGGACUCAAAAUGUGACGCCACGCUUUGGCAGGGGAAUUUUUGAAUCAGAUAUGAAUUGA